GACAGCUGCUAGUUAGCUAGCGUUUACAAAGCGGACAGAUGUUUUAGAGUCUAUUUCAAGAAAAACAUCUGUUUGGAACACUGCAGACAAGCUGUUUUUUUCUAACACCUACUCACUAGCAUCAACUAACGUUACUUAGCUAACGUUGCCUAGUUAACGUUAGUUAACUAAAGUCAGCUAACGUUACCUAUAACGUCAUAACGUUACCGUAGUUCAUUAACGGGAGUAGCUCGUCACCUCACGAUGUCGUCUACUGGAAGUACACCGGAUGUUUUUCAGCAGGUGAACCAGUUCUGGUCGAUCCUGGAUGAUCUUUCUCAAAGUGACCCUGCUGCAUACGAUGAGUUCAUCAAGAAGCAGAUGAAGGAAGGAGCUGAGUUUUGUUCACCUCCUGAACUCGACUCAUGUUUAUGCACUGAAAUACUGGAGCCGAAGAAAGGGUCACUGUUCAUCAACAUAUGCCGCUGGAAACGCGUUCCCGCGCCUCGAGAUCCCAGCAUGGCUUUGCCAGCGUGUGCAGGAAAACUGGAAACUGACACAGAUGAACGUCAAGGUUGGUACUCUGUGUUGGAUGUGGCAUUAAACCCUGCAGUGCUACAGGAAAGUAAGAAGGACAAAAGAGAAGUGCAUACACUGGCCGUGGGCUUUGCCCGGCAGCAGCAUGGGAUGAGUUUAUCGCAGCAUUACACUGUCGUCAACUGCAGCCCAAAAAGCAGCCCAGAGGACGUGCGCCGCCGACUCGGGUAUGAGCAGUGGUCCAACACGUCGAGCCAACCGGACAUAGCUACUCAGGACCCUUCUGCCCUUCUUCAGCAAAUCUCCUCUCUACGGUCUGAGAAUCAACACAAGGAGCCAGCAGGUCAAAUCAUCUCCAGACCUGCAGAGCACAAAAAGACUAAUUUGAUCCAGGUCAUCUCAACUACAUUUGUGCAGCCUGAGAAGCCAAAGUAUCAACUUGAGGUGAAGACCAAUAUAGUCGGAAGUGCUCACAGCAUGGAGCUGACAGUGGAUCUGCCAAAGGUACGCUCCAUGUCAGAGUGCCAGCUGAGAAUCUCCAAGGACGACGUCCUACUUGAGGUGGAGGACGUCUACCAUUUGCUUUUGGAAUUCCCCAAAACCGUGAUUGAAGACACUGCAACUGCCAUUUUUAACAAGAAAACACGAAGGCUUACUUUAAAAGUGGAUGUUGUUUUAACUAAUUGACUAUAGGGAGAAACAAAUAAACACAGAAGUUACUUGUUGUGCUGGAAAUAAGCCAAAGAAACUGCGAUUGUAAGGCUAAAUUAAAUUCUGGCCCUGACAAUAUCUUGGAUUCUUGAGUGAACGUCUCUCCGCCAUGUUGGAUUUUUUAAGGGGGUUAGAGUUAGUAUUGUAAUCUUACAUUUAACAAGAUUGAUUUCUCGUUAAAAAUGCAAUCAUAACACGUUUAUUUUACAUCGUUAGACUUUACGGGGUGCAGGUCCCCUUUCACUUUGAAUAGGGU